AUGCGUGAACAAUGUGAAUAUGUCAAUGUAGAAGAUAUUGUGGUGCAUGAAAGUGAUUCAAGUUUUGUGUUUGAUGACGAAUUUGUCGAGACUGAGUACGUGGGUACGACUGAUAAUGAAGAUUGGCUAGUUGAAGAAAGAAAAAUAAUGGGUGAAUUAUCAAACUCGGAAUCUGAGACAAAUAUUCAAGAUGUGAUAGUACAAAAUCUUGAAGAUGAUGAUUGUGAAGAGGAAUUAGAUGAAGAACAAAAGUGUGCUUUGAAGGAGAUGAAAAGAAUGGACAGUACGCAGAUAGAGAAGAAAAAACCAAUAUUCUCCAUUUUUAAUUAUGAGACACAUAUGGCAAAUCCAUCAUUUAGAGUUGGGAUGGUAUUUAAGAAUGCUAAAGUUUUUAGAGAGGCAAUUCAUCAAUAUGGAAUAAAGAAUGGCAGAGAUAUAAGCUUCCCAAGAAAUGAUAAAGAUAUAAUUCGGUCUAAAUUUAAAGGCAAUUGUCCUUGGGUUUUAUAUGCUUCUCAAUUUGAUAGCAAAAAUCCGACUCUCAAGGUUAAGACCUAUGUUAAUAAACAUGCAUGCGGUAGAAUUAAUACGAAUACAAAUGCAACUAGCACAUGGAUACCAAAGACAUACAGUGAAAGUUUACAACCAGGCAAGCAAUUUUCUUGUGGUGAUUUUUUGGCUAAAGUAACGAAAGAUUUUCGUAUCACAAUCACCAAGACCCAAGUUUACAAGGUAAAGAAAAAGGGAGCAAUAUUCUUGGAAGGGUCAAUGAAAGAUCAAUAUGGGAAGUUAUGGGACUAUGCUGAAGAAUUAAGAGCAAGAAACCUAGGUAAGCAUACAUUCAAAAGAAUUUAUGUUUGUUUAGCUGCACGCAGAAGAGGGUGGAAAUCAGGGUGCAGACCUAUUAUUGGUUUGGAUGCAUGUAACACGAAAGGGCUUUACAAGACACAAAUUUUGUUAGCAUUAGGCAUAGAUGCUGACAAUAGUUACUACCCUAUUGCUUAUGCCAUUGCUGAGAAGGAGACCUUUGCAACAUGGAAAUGGUUCUUGCAAUAUUUACAAGUUGACUUGGACUUGUACAAUAGCAGCUCCAUAACAUUCUUAAGAAUACAGAUGGCGGAUAAAAGAGAUGACAAAGAGAAACAUCAGAAAAAGGAACGAAAUAUUCAAAAUCCAGAGAGGUAUCAAGUUUGGCUUAGAUCGCUUGAGAAAAAUAAAGUUCUCGUGACAGAGCUGGACCAACAGAUUGCCAAAAAGAUAUGGUUUGACAAAAAGUAA